UGCUUGCAAAAAAUGAGCACCAGUUUGAGUGUGAGAUUUGAAGGCUCACCACAAGUUCACAACUAGUCAGCUUUUUUUUCUCUCGAAAGAUUCAACUAGUCAGCUUACAUUUGGCAGUUGAAGCUAUGCAAAAUACGUUUUGCUGAAGAAAUGGAGUAAACACAGAAAUACGGGAGCAAAAAGAUAUCUUCAUAGCCAGUUAGCCACCUCCGGUUCUCCCGCUUCUCUGAUUCCCCUCACCCACUCAACUCGGCAUGGCGGAAGCUCUCGUGGGCCUCCGCUUCGCCGCCCCCGCCUUCCCGCAGCCUCAGAGGCGCCGCCGCGCAUGCCUUCUCCCCGCCGCGCGCUUUGCUCCGUUCUGGCGCGGUCGGCUGCUCACCGCCCGCGCGGCAGUCGCGGGGCCGCCGGAGGUGGACGAGGACGAGGCCAUGAGCAUCGACAACCUGCAUCGCUUCUUCGACCUUAACAUCGGAAAGUGGGACGGCUCGUUCUACCAAUUCGACGCACACGGGCGGGUUCUGCAGGGGAUUAGCACGCGGCUGUCCGUGAGCACGUACGGGGAGGGCAACCUUAUCAGCCUCCUUCAAUCGCUGUAUAUUAAGCAAGCAUCCUCUGCAAUAUCAAUUGUGGACGAAGAUGAUUCUGAACCUGAAUGGGUGGAGUACAAAAUCAAAGAGACGAAUAUGUUCACUGUGGACAAAUAUCAGCAGAUAGGAUUCUUUCCUGAAGAGAAGGCAUUUGCUCUGAGGUACCAGACUGCUGGAAUGCUGGAGACUGUCCUUCGGGUUGGUGUGCUUGGAGAAGAUGAUACCGGCGAAGAAUCCCCCAAAAACUUGAAGAUACCUUCUCGUAAGCCAUCUAUUGUAUGUGAAAAUUGUCUUUACUCCCUUGAAGGCAAUGGUCGAGUGAGGGCUUUCCACAUAAUGGACCCAAAGGGAGUGCUUGACACACUUCUCAUUUUUCAUGAGAGGCAGGGAUCUGCAGUGCCACAGCCACUUAUACAUUCUCCAGUUGGUACAGAGAAUGCCAGCAGGGAUAGGAUAAAUGCACUACUUGGAAGAUGGGAGGGGCAUUCUGUGACUAAGAGGAGUGGGGUCUAUGGAGCAACGCUCGCUGAGGCUGAUACAGCUGUUGUUCUCAAAAUGGACAGCAGUGGCCAACUAAUUCAGGAUACUUUAUCAACUAAAGUCGGAACUGGUACAACCACAACAGUCAACUGGACAGGAUCAGCAAAUAACAACUUGCUUCAAUUUGAUGGAGGAUAUGAAAUAACAUUGCUACCUGGUGGGAUGUACAUGGGAUAUCCGUCAGACAUUAGCAAAUCUGUCGCCCAAUUAGAUUCUUUUCAUUUGGAGUUUUGUUGGAUGGAAUCACCAGAAAAGAGGCAGCGGCUUGUGCGAACUUACGACUCAGCCGGUUUGGCUGUUUCGUCAACCUAUUUUCUUGAGACCAAAGUAUGAGUUACAGCUUCCACGGCCAAAAUGUAUUGCAACAAUUUUUUGCACUCCUCUCACUUUAUGUUGUUCCAAGGCUUAGGGAGUCAAAAUAUUGACUAGAUUCUGGGACUCCAGUGAAGCAUAUAUCUAGAGACUGGAUGCUAACACUACACGAGAUUAGAUAUGGACCUAGUAAAAAAAAAGUGGAACCGUCCAUUCAGUGUUUUAUAGUGUUGAACAUUUGUCAAUUAUGUAGCUGUACUUUUAAUGUUACUAUCUCAACUUAUUCAAAGGUUGACGCUCAAAAAAAAACUUAUUCAAAGGUUUGUGA